UUUUUUGUACGCGGAGCAAGGUUUGCCGCCUGCGUUUCCGUCUCAAUGGCUGUGCAUCCACAAACAUUUCUACAGAUUAAAGAAAUGCUCUGGACGAUAUUCGUGGUUGCUCAAUGUCUCUGUGUGGUGGCUGAUGACGACAUGGUUUUGAAAGUUCCUUACGAAGAGGACCCUGCGCACUACGAUGAACAACAUAUUCGCGAUGUGGUCAACAUCAACGGCAGAAUUUGGGUUAAGAGUCGUAGUUACAAUAUAAUGACCAAAAGACGGUGCUACUCAAUAGAGAGACAAUACGACUAUGGCGGGAAGGAGUGGGUAUACACAUUUCGUUAUAGGGAUCCAUACCGACCAGAUGUCCUCACGGCGUUCAAUGGGACGUUACGCAUACGAAGAACUGGGAACCACUCUGUGGAAAAUGCGGCAAUCUACACGUUUAACAAAGGACAUCCCGGAUUUAUGCACAAGCUUAUGAGCUAUCAGUUUUACUACGGCUGUAUGAUCCUAGUCGUGCCUCUUAAGAAUGGUAGGAGAGGUUGUGAGCUGCUGCAAACAGAUGAAACAGUGGGCACAGGUGUCCCAGCGGCCUGCAAGAGCCUUUACGACCGUGAAUGUUCGGGUAAUAAGAUAAGGCUUUAUAUGAAAUUUUGCAAAACACUGCCAGAUUACGUCAUACCACGAUGAUUUAUGUUUUUAAUGAGAACACUCUAAUAUGAAACAGUCGGGAAAGAAAAAAAAACAGUUGCAGAUAAAAUCUGGUGGUGUAAUCUGUAAGAACUGUCAUCCUCCUCUCUCAUUAAUUUAACGUUUUCCAUGAGGCUCACUGACCAUUUCCAGGGAUAACAGAGCCAAGCCUUC